CGAUGGCAAAGUCUUUCGCCCAGUACGCAUCUCAGUUUAUCACCCAGCAUCAAGCUGGUCAAGCCAGUCUGUCCUCCUCUCAGCCUCUGUUCUUCUCGUUUACCACCGACGCAGGCUCGCGCGCCGGAAACGAUCGAGACGAGGCCCUCGACGACCUCGACGACCCACACCUCCGUUCUAGCGGAGCCACAAGACACUCAACACGGGAGGGAAGGGGGAUUAGGAGUCAAUCACAUGAUGUGGGGGCAGACGAGGACCCGUAUCUACGGCUGGACGAGGAAGACCUGCCGCCAGGGGCAUCCCGCCAUGCUGCCCAGUCGAUACCCUUGAUAGCCUCCAACUAUGCCCAGUCAGAGGCGGACGACUAUCCAGGAGGUUGGCUGGCUCACCAGAACGACUCCCCACCACGACGUGCCCUCUCCCCAUCCCCGCCCCCGUCAAUAUCUUCGUCAUCCUCCCGUUCCCCACCACCCGACAUUCUACAGCAACCAGCGCAGUCGUCUCACCGACCACAGCCGUCUCACCGACCACAGCCGCUCAGCAAGACAGUCCGUCCCCAGCCAACACCCCCACCCCCGCCUCCUGCACGCAUUCCAGAGCCUAUCUCGCUCUCGCUCACCCGAUCUCUCCUCCCGCGUGACGGCACUUCCCGCCCGCUCGACGUCUUCUCCCUCCCCGACCCGCGGCUAGCUCACCGCGCCCGGCGACGGCUGCAUGACCACCCGUGGACGCUCGCGUGGUGUACUGGCGUCGCCGUUUGCGUCUUCUUUUCCAUCCUCAUUCUCUUCCUCACCAACAAGCCCAAUCAACGCAUCCCGGGCCUGCCGUAUACGACGCUGCUGCACACCGUGCCGAUGCUCACCAUACUUACGUUCCUCAGCGCCCUGGUCGCGUAUGCGCAUGUGUUCCUGCUGAGACUGUUUGUGCGCCCGGUGAUGAUGGUCACGUCGAUGUUUAUACCUGUGACGCUGUUCGUCUCGGCAAUUUGGGCGUUCGUCGGGAGCUUCAUGUGGGAUGGCGAUACCGAGCCGACGUGGGGCGAGACUGUAGGCCUCCGCCUCUUCUCCCUCGUCCCGCUCGCCCUCUGCGCGCUCACCGCCCGGCGCCUCGUCGACCUCCCACGCGAGAUUCACACCACGUCCGCCGUGCUGGAUCUCACCACGCAACUGCUCAUGGACAAUCCAUUUCUACUUGCGCUCUCCCCUGCGAUCCUGCUCUCGACGCUCGUCGCGUCCAUCCCGUUCCUCACGCUCAUCUUCCGGCUCUUGCUCGUGGGGUAUACCUCCUCGGCCAAGUCGGGCGUUGAGUUCCACGUGAAGACAUGGGCGGACUGGGCGAUCGUCGGCGCUGCGGUGGUGUGGCUUUGGACGUGGGGUGUCGCGAGAGGGAUUCUGAGGACGACGUGUGCGGGUGUGAUCGGGGCUUGGUACUUCGCCGACCCGGACGUUCCCCUGCCCCUCCCGAUGGACACCUACACGAUCCACGCAGCUCUUCUCCGCUCAACCUCUCCCUCCCUCGGCUCGAUCUGUCUUUCCGCGCUCAUCCUGACCGGUAUCCGCAUGUUGGGUCUGCUGACGCUCGGCCUGCGCGUCCUACCCAGCUACUUCCCACUUGCGUGGCGUCCGGUCCUCGCGCCCGUUGCGAGCGGGUGCGUUAUGGCGACAGGGUACCUUGAAAGCGUGACAACGUCGCUGAGCAAGUACGCGCUGGUGUACACCGGGCUCACGGGAGACCCGUUCUUUCCGAGUGCGAGGCGGGCGAGGGCACUUACGACGCACGCGGAGGAGGCGGAGGGUGGGCGAUGGAGGAGGAAGUUUAAGAAGGAACCGGCACUUACCAUGCUCACUUACUCGCCGUUGACGCUCACUUUUCCGUUCGCGCUGGGGACGUACCUGUUUGUUGCCCACACGCUCGGUGCACCCGAUUCGGCGCUGGGAGCGGCGGUAUUAGCUGCGGGUGUGACGGCCCUUGUAGGUCUGUUUUGUGUAGGAUUGGUCAAGGAUACGGCGGACGCGCUCUAUCUAUGCUACUGUAUCGAUAAGGAUGUCGGAGAGAGACGGAGGGACGUGGUGUUCGCUGCAUUCGAGUAUGAGCUUCAACCACGCACCGACGCGAACCAACGUCAGCACCAGGAACCUCCACCUCAACAGCAGCAACAGCAGCCGUCUUCAACUCUUACAUCGCCCACAAAGCAGCAGCAGCAGCAACAUCAGCAACAUCAGCAACACUACACCCACCCCCAGUCGGCCCGCGACGCCGAGCUCGGCCGCACCACCCCCCUUUCACCCGGCCUCUCCUCCGCUCUCCACACCACCUUUUCCCCUCCCCGCGCUGCUGCCUCUUCUGCGCCCCCAAGACGCGCAUCGCCCACGCCACCGCCUCACAGCGUGCACGACGCGGACAUCGACCCGUUCGAGCACGAGCCCGCCGAUUAUGCCGGCGGGCCAGAGGACGUGCGUGUGCUGAGCCCUUCGAAGAGUGCGUUUGGUGCGAGCGGGUUGGGCGUGGGCGUGGGCGUGGGCGGGAGCAGGGUGGGCGGGAGUGUGUCGCCGUAUAGUGUUGAUUCGGACGAUCAUCAUGGUGGUGGAGAUGGGGACGGGGAAGAGAGCCAGCUGUUCCCUGGGUCGGAUCUGUUUUAAUCCCCGCACAUCAAUCUCACCUCAUCGCCGCUCUGGCUUUUGUUGCCGUCGUUGUCGCGUUGGGAUACAUAGAUGGUGCUCAUCGUCUUGAACAUCUUGUUACGCCUCGUGCAUUAUUUCACCCUUGUACAUUGUUUGUUCUUGCCACACGCUUUGUCGCUGUUCCUCCUCUUGUACAUGGUCAUCAUUACUUACUACGUACACAUUCGCGUACAAUGUCAUGCGUACAUGUGUAUCUAUAUACUUGAUAAUACUGAUUGUGUUUAUAUGAUUU